AUGAAACUGUUCGGGAUUUUAACAGUAUUGAUAUUAACAUGGAGAGGCAAUUGCGCACGUCAUCCUCAUCUCCCGCCAUACCUUCUCGGACGCCCCACAGCUUCAGGAUUUGUGCGACAUGGCGACCGCAGCCCCACUUUCAAUUAUGCUACUACUAACGUCACUAAAAGUGUAAUUUCUCAAAAAGUCGAUCAUUUUGAUAAUAGAAAUCAAGCUGUUUAUAAUCAGAGAUACUGGUACAAUCCGAAUUUUACAAAAAAGAGAAAUAUCAUAUUCCUCAUGAUCCAAGGCGAAUCUCCAGCUACGGAUGUGUGGGCCACCAAUCCGAAUUAUCAAUAUUUGAAAUGGGCAAACGAAUUUGGAGCAGACGUUUUUCAACUUGAACAUCGAUGUUUUGGGCAAAGUAGACCUUACCGAGAUCUUUCCUAUCCUGGAAUCAAAGUUUGCACAAUGGAUAAUGCUCUUCAUGACAUUCAUGAAUUCAUUAAAGCAAUGAACAUUAAAUAUAAUUUUGUAAACCCGAAAUGGGUUACAUUUGGUGGCUCAUAUCCAGGAACGUUGUCAGCUCUGUUCAGAGCCAAAUUUCCAGGCGAUACUGUGGGAGCUAUUGCUAGCAGUGCGCCUCUCCUCUGGACUCUUGAUUUUUUCCAAUACGCUCAAGUUGUCGAACGGGUUUUAAAUGAAACAAGCCAAGAUUGCUGGAAAAAUGUGAACGAUGCGUUUUAUCAAAUGCAACAACUCAGUCUUUCUACUGAAGGAACAAUGAAGCUUAACACUUAUUUCAACCUAACUCCGAAGUUUGUUGCCAACAAAUAUUCCCAACAUGAUAUUGACAAUUUCUUUGCCAAUCUGUAUAGUUUCUUCCAAGGUGUUGUCCAAUACACAUAUGACGGCAGAAAUGAUGCCACAAAAAAUGGUCUGAACGUAAAAAAUCUGUGCGAACAUAUGAAUAAUAACACGGUUCCAGAUGUUAUUACUAGAGUUAAUAACGUUGUGAAUUGGAUCAAUGAAAUGAAUGGAGAUCCAGUGGGAACGUUCCAAAACUCUUACGAUGAUAUGAUGAAAGUUCUGAAGGAUCCCGAAUUUGAUGACAACAGUACCGAACCUGGCGAAAUAGCUGCAAAUCGUGGAUGGAUGUGGCUUUGUUGUAAUGAAUUAGGCGUAUUGCAAACUACUGAUCAGGGACGCAACAUUUUCCAGCAGACAGUACCGCUGAAUUAUUUUAUUGAUAUGUGCACAGAGAUGUUUGGUGAAGAUGUUGAUAUCAAAUAUAUUCGGGAUCGAAAUUUGAACACAUUUGACAAAUAUGGUGGCAAUGAGGGGUACAGCGCAACAAAUGUUGUUCUUCCCAACGGUUUGUUCGAUCCAUGGCACGUGCUUGGAAGCUCAAAUUCUGAUCCAAAAAACCACAUGACCGCUUUGAAAAUUUUAGGAGCUGCUCACUGCUCAGAUAUGUAUCCAGAAUAUGAAGGAGAACCGAAGGAUUUAGAACAAAAUCGAAAACAAAUUCACGACGAGCUUAAAUAUUUUUUGGGUCUUUAA